GGAGCGAACUUAGUCAGUCUGAGAGGAACAUUUUUCUCGAACAAACACAUCACACAUUAUCGAAAAAUUAUAUUCAACAGUGUAACAAAAGAUAACACGAAGAUUUUAGAGGGUGGAGUGAAUAGUAGAAAGUCAAAGUUGCUGUGUACUCUCUUUGAACUGUUAUGAGCUUUUCAUUGAAAAUGACUUCUUUUAACUCAAAGUAAUUUAAGUAAGACUCAAGUAAUUUUUUCUGUAUUUUAUAGAAGAAUGUAUCGACUAACUCCAUAAAAUAAUUUGCGAUAAUGUCAUUUUUUGUUGUUUAGAAAAUAAGGACUUUUUAUAUAUAUAUAUAUAUAUAUAUAUAGUUAUAACUGGUCAGAUGAGAGCCUGCUAUUAUGUAUCUGUAUGAUCCUAAAACUUUCAAUUAAUUUCCAUUUUAUAGAACAAUACACUAGCUUUCAGAAUUUGUGAAACUUUCGACUUCAAUCCUUUUCUCUAAUUCAGCCGACCUCAAUCUUUGAACAUGACAAAUAACGGUUCAUAUUCGAAAAUUAACAUGUGGCUAAUGUGAAAAUUUUCGAUCAGUAAUUUUCAUAUUUGACUGCGCCAGAUUGCUCAACGCAUCGUAAAACACCUUCCUAACUCAACAGACAUGAAAGAUAUCAAGGGGAAGAAUCCUGAUCUUAGACUUUACCAUCCUUUCUACAUUUUUUAUUAGCAAAACUCAAGUAUUGAAAUACCAUGCGAAUUCUGUGGAAAACUGUUCUCAAUAUAUGAAUUCGACUCACAUCUGCUAAGAAAUAAGUUUAAUCUCGAAAUAAGAAUAUAGUUCUAGUAUUUAUUUUAAAUUCGGUUUUAGAAAGUAGAAAAAGAACGACUGACAAACAAAGACAGGUGAUCAGACUCUAGAAAAAUACUUUUUAAAAUUAUCAAAUUCUAUUUGGUUUCAGAGGUACACUACAACAACGAGAACAACAAGCUUCUUUAGGACAAAUUCCAUGCGAAUUUUGUCAAAUUUUAUGUGAUUCACACCAUUUACAAAUACAUCAGGCUUCCUGCGCAUCGAAACCAAUAAUAAAUUUUCGUGAACAUUUUCCACUUUCUUCUGCGCGUGGAUAUUUUUGUACAAAUCAAUCAUUAUAUGAAAAAUUGGUCUCGGCACAAAAAUGUAACACAUCAUUUGAAGAACUGAAGUGUGAACGUAACAAACUACCGCCAUUAAAAAAACCACUUAUUGGAGAAUAUAUUGGUAUACAAGGUGAAUCAAAUUCAGGUUAUCUCGAUGCUACGUUGUAUUGGAUGUUUGCUUAUAAUGAUGUGUUUGAUAAACUAAUAUAUUCACCAGAAGUUAAAAACCGCCAAUGCAUGGAUUACGUUUCGUGUGAUGCCAUAUUGGAUUUACGUCAUCGAUUAGGUAAGGCAACAAAAGAUCACACAUUUUUCAAGGAUGAAAAAGAUCGAACAGAAUUUUUACGUGCAUGUGAAAAGUUAUUCCAUUAUUCACCAAUAAAAACGAUUCAUCUGGAUGAAAAACCAAAGGAUGACGGUUCGAAUAUUACAUCAAAUUUUGUGUGGGAAUGUUUUGACGAUAAUUUUGAAAGACAAUUAUCAACGAAUGUACAAAAUUUAUUUAAAAACUCAUUAGAUGCGUCUAGCACGUUUUAUUAA